GCUUCGUGCUUGGGACAGAGUCCGGGAGAAGCGGAGAAGAAGGAGGACGCCAAGGCGAGGAGGAGCCGCGCCGCACCCGGCGCUCGGCUUUGCGCGGCGGGCUGCCUUCGCUCCGCGUACCGCGGCCCCAGCUGGGAUAUCUGAAGCAUAUUAUAAACAAAUAUCAUCAUCGUCCUUUGAAGAUGGAGAAGCAUAUGGAUUGCAGUCUGGUAUAAAGCCUGUCUCGGCCAGGGUUGGCAGUGUGACUCACAGAUGUAUCUUCAGCAUGAUUUUUUCUCAUCUGUAAAAUUAUGAAUUUUGAAAGCGGCUUAAAUCUAAUUGGCUCCCCCAGGAUCUCAACUCCUGUUACAUUUGUGGCAUUUCUCUUCUCUGAGAGGCAUCUGGAGAACUGAGCUGCUGCUGCUGGCUGGCAUGCAGGGUCCUUUGCAGCCAGCAUGAUAUCAUAUUUAUAACAUAUGGAGAAGAGAUUGUUCACCAUGCUCAGGAACUAACAAUUUGCAAAACCAGAUGGUAAAGCAAAAUUGAAGCCCACCCAUGACAUCAAAAAGGGAGAAGGCAGGUGUAUUUAAAUGAGCCAGCUUUAAAGAAUCGAAGUUUCUGGCAUGUCAGAGUCAUUCUGUCUUCCGUGGGACUUCUUUCUUGAACAAUUUUCAUUGAAAAGACUUUUAUGAAUACAUUGUUUCAGUAAAGCCCCAAGAACACAUUUGUCUUCUGAUCUGCUGGCAGUUUUAAGAAUCUGAUGAUCUCCAAGAGGACCCCCAACUCAGCUGUCAAAGUGCUCCUGCCUCCCAGGAUGCUUGUAAUUCAAUGGUAGAUGCAGGUGGAAUUGAGAGCAUCACUCAGUGUCCUCAGGAGCUUCCCCAGAUGAUGGCUGCAGCAGCUGAUGGUUUGGGGAGCAUAGCAAUAGACACGACGCAGCUCAACAUGUCCGUGACAGAUCCCACAGCCUGGGCCACAGCUAUGAACAACUUGGGCAUGGUUCCCGUGGGGUUGCCUGGACAGCAGCUUGUAUCUGAUUCAAUCUGUGUCCCAGGCUUUGAUCCAAGCCUCAACAUGAUGACUGGAAUAACCCCCAUUAACCCAAUGAUACCAGGCCUGGGUCUAGUACCACCCCCACCACCAACAGAAGUGGCAGUUGUCAAAGAAAUAAUCCACUGCAAAAGUUGUACUCUUUUCCCUCAAAAUCCAAAUCUCCCACCUCCUUCCACAAGAGAACGACCUCCGGGGUGUAAGACUGUGUUUGUCGGAGGAUUACCAGAAAAUGCUACUGAGGAAAUUAUUCAAGAAGUCUUUGAGCAGUGCGGUGAUAUUACAGCCAUCCGAAAAAGCAAGAAGAAUUUUUGUCACAUUCGCUUUGCAGAGGAAUUCAUGGUUGAUAAAGCCAUUUACCUUUCUGGUUACCGGAUGCGAUUAGGGUCUAGCACAGACAAAAAGGAUUCAGGCCGCCUUCACGUAGACUUUGCCCAGGCCAGAGACGACUUCUAUGAGUGGGAAUGCAAGCAGAGGAUGAGAGCCCGUGAGGAGCGGCAUCGUCGCAAGCUGGAGGAGGACCGGCUCCGGCCGCCCUCGCCACCAGCCAUAAUGCACUACUCGGAGCAUGAAGCAGCGCUACUGGCAGAGAAGCUGAAAGAUGAUAGCAAGUUCUCCGAGGCUAUCACAGUACUGCUUUCCUGGAUUGAAAGGGGGGAAGUGAAUCGGCGUUCUGCAAACCAGUUCUAUUCCAUGGUGCAGUCGGCCAACAGCCACGUCCGCAGGCUAAUGAAUGAAAAAGCCACCCAUGAGCAAGAGAUGGAGGAGGCCAAGGAGAAUUUUAAAAAUGCCUUAACUGGGAUCCUCACUCAAUUUGAGCAGAUUGUGGCCGUUUUCAACGCUUCCACCAGACAAAAAGCUUGGGACCAUUUCUCGAAAGCUCAGCGCAAGAACAUAGACAUUUGGCGAAAGCAUUCUGAGGAGCUCCGAAACGCUCAAAGUGAGCAGCUCAUGGGCAUCCGUCGUGAAGAAGAAAUGGAAAUGUCUGAUGAUGAGAAUUGUGACAGCCCUACUAAAAAAAUGAGAGUGGAUGAGUCAGCCCUGGCUGCUCAGGCCUAUGCUCUUAAAGAGGAGAAUGACAGUCUCCGUUGGCAGCUGGACGCCUACAGGAAUGAGGUGGAGCUGCUGAAACAAGAAAAAGAGCAGCUUUUUCGAACAGAAGAAAACCUCACCAAGGACCAGCAGCUGCAGUUCCUGCAGCAAACCAUGCAAGGCAUGCAGCAGCAAUUGCUGACCAUCCAGGAGGAAUUAAACAACAAAAAGUCAGAACUGGAACAAGCAAAGGAAGAGCAGUCCCACACACAAGCUUUACUAAAAGUCCUCCAGGAGCAAUUAAAAGGUACCAAGGAAUUGGUGGAGACCAAUGGCCAUAGCCAUGAGGAUGCAAAUGAAAUCAAUGUGUUGACAGUUGCAUUAGUCAACCAAGAUCGAGAGAACAAUAUUGAGAAAAGAAGCCAAGGCUUAAAAUCAGAGAAAGAAGCUCUUCUAAUAGGCAUCAUAUCAACAUUUCUUCACGUCCAUCCUUUUGGAGCCAAUAUAGAAUAUCUUUGGUCAUACAUGCAGCAGCUGGACUCCAAGAUAUCCGCCAACGAAAUCGAAAUGCUUUUGAUGAGGCUGCCACGCAUGUUCAAGCAGGAAUUCACGGGCGUGGGAGCAACACUGGAAAAGAGAUGGAAGUUGUGUGCCUUUGAAGGAAUUAAAACUACCUAACUGUGAAGAGCAGGGAAUCUCGGGAAUUGAAACCCACUGAACGUGGCCAGGGCUGUGCAGCGUGAGAGCCGGAGGGCCAGGCUGUCCAGCACGGACCUGUGCCGAGCCAGCAAAGCCUGACUUGAGUUCCAUCUGUGGCGUUCUCUUGUGAGUGGAAAUGUAAUUGUGUACCAGUUCCUUAAACUAAACAAAGCUUCAUACUGUGACAGAUCUGUUUCCUCUGAAAACCAAACAAUGAUUCCACAAUCAUAAUGAUGGCAAAAUCUUAAAAUAGGCUACAUUUGAGAAUAGCUCACCAAGCAAAAUAUUUAAAGUUAAUGAUGGUGUAUCGAUGGUGGUUGCUAGGCUACAGAGUUGUGUAUGUAAUGUAUAGAUGAAAUCAUUAAAUGACAUUUUCCUGAAAGUCAAUCUUCCUGUUUUAGUUUAAAAAAAAAAAAGAAGAAAAAAGUAAUUUUGCAGUGAGAAAAAAAAAUCAUACCAAAAGAAAACUUGAAUAUGUGUCUGAACAGUUAUUGUAUUUUAUAAAUUAAGUUAUAUGCUAUUCCAGGGACUUUUGCCUUAUUGAAGAGGCAGAAACGAUGAUUGGACUCCUUGAGAAUGCUUUAUCAAGAAUAUUAUUUUUCUAAUGUAACAAUUCUCCAUCAUAAGUUCUUUUAACAUGGGCUGCUUAAUAAUUUUCAUAAAAUGUAAAUAAAGGGAAAACUAGUGCUACUGUCUUGUACUUGGUAUGUAACAUUCAGGUUUAUGCAUCAAAAUAAACAUUCAGUAAAUAUUCCUGUUACAAAUUUUAUAGCAAAGAUAUUAAUUUUUUUCAAUAAAUAUGACUUCUACCAUA